AACAGAAUAUGCUUCAACACACGUACUCACAUAAAAAGUCUUGCAAACCAAAUCCAAAAACGAAAUAUAUAUAUAUAUAUAUAUAUACACGCGCGAUUUUUUAUUAGUGGUUAUUUGACCAUAAAGGUUUUAGACGUUAUAAAAAUACCAGAAGAAUAAAACAGGAAAAAAAAAUGAAAAAAGAGAAAAAGAAGUUGUUCAAGAAAAAAAAGUUUCUCCCAACUUCGGAAAGUUUCUUUUAAGAAACAUAAUAUAAAAGCAAACAAGAGAGGGGAGGGGAUAGUGUCUGUUUUUCCACCCAAGUGUAAAAGAGCGGCCAUCAAGGGAAGUAACUAAUGUAAGCAACUGAAGUUAGCAAUUAGAUAUAUAGAGAAAGACAGAGAGAAAAACAAAGAGAGGAAUAAAGAGAGAGAGAGAGAAUAAUAUAUACUUUAUUUGGGAAAUCCCUUCUUCCUCGUUAUCAUUUCUCUCGUUUUUUUAGAAACAUUCUUUUUUUAUUUGUUUUUUUAUUAGUGUUUUCUUACACGAUUCUUGUGACAUCUGGAAACCGUAUCGCUGACCAGUAAAUGUAUGUAUACAAAUAUAUAUAUGUAAAUAAAUACAUAUAUUUGUAUACACACAUAUAACAGCACAAACGCAUAUAUUUGUAUACACACACACACACACACACACACAUAUAUAUAUAUGGUUACUCUGUAUAUAUUGGCUAUGUAUUACAGGCUCUUCGGUGGUACCGUGUACCGGAGAUUGACAGUGUGAGAAAAAAGAAAAAAAAUCUAAAAAAAAAAAAAGAAAGACAGAAGCGUGGUUCGCGCGACGCUGACGACAGCAAAUGGCAUUUUUUCAAAAGACCUACACUGAUUACUUCUCUCGUACUCCCUGGACCUAGAUUCGAUCCUGUCAUGACGUUUUAACACAUUCGAUGUCUCUGUUUACUUCUGUAUAAUCAGCAUCUCUCUCGCUUCUGCCAUCGUUGAAUAUCUACAUGCAGUUAUCUUUUUAUCAACUUCCAUCUUUCCCUGUCUCUCACUCUCUAAUAUAGAUUAUUAUAUAUAUAUAUGUAUAUGUAAUAUCGCACCUGCUGAGUGAAAAGAACACGUUUUGAUCUCAAGUUAUUUUACUGGAAAAAAAGAAAGAAAGCAAGUUUGGCAUUUAACCUUAGAGAAUAUGCUUAGAAGACACAACUGAAGAAAAUGGAUGGCAUAUGGUGCCAUGAAUGUGGACGCAGCAAUAAUCGGGACUGCCCUGAACAUGGACCCCUUCAAGACAUUCCGGACAGGGUCAUUCCUCCCAUGGCCCACCUCACACUGCCAAAAGGACUAGUUAUUCGACCAAAUCUCAAGACUCAUCCCUUAAAAGUUUCAGAAAGAGGAGUUUUUGCCAAACGUGUGAUACCAGCGCGUUCUAAAUUCGGACCUGUUGUAGCCCCUCCUUUUCCAGCAGAUGCCAAUUACACACCUGUACAGACAAAUUCACUUAUUCUAAAGGUAUUUAAUGGUGGAGAAUCUAUUCAGUCGGUGGUCACACUGGACAUGACUGAUAACGGUCAGUGCAACUGGAUGAUGUUUGUACGGUCAGCCUGUCUAGCUGACACACAACAAAAUCUAGAAGCUUACCAGUGUGAUGGAAAAAUAUAUUUUGUAGCAAUUCGGACAAUACACAUUGGAGAUGAGCUGAGGGUGGGCUAUGCUGCCAACUAUGCUCGGCUGAUGUUGGAGAAGAGUUGUCUGACAGUCUCUGAUUCGGUCCUCUCCGAUAUCAACACAGGUUCCGGCAUCAGCGAGGACUCCAGUGUUGAGUCUCACACCGUACAACAGGAUAACUCAUAUGAUGAAGGAAUGGAGACUGUUUCCACGGAGUCCGAUGUCAAAGGAGAACUGCCUCAGCUACCAUUUCCUUCUGAUGUUGUUAGAGUCUUGGAGAGAAGUCGACCACGACGGCAUUUCAGUUUCACUUCUUCACGCGCCACCGGUUCAAAGAGUUCAGUCGCUGCAAAAGUUUGCAAAGAAAACAUCUCUAUUGACAACGUCAUCCAUGGUACCAAAAGCAAAGAGUUGAAAAUUGAGAGAAACGUUGACGUUUGUUCAAGUGCAACUCCACUGGAAGCUGGUGGCAUUGGUAACCAAAAUCUGAAACGUGUCACCCGGUCUUCUAAAGCAACGUUCGGUCAGAUGUUACUUGGCAAUAGUGACACAGACGACGUAGGUUCGAAAAUUACCAAGCUAGCCUUGAUCUCUCCGCCUUCAGUGAUGAGGAAACGCAGCCGGAAGAAUGAGUGUGUCUCGUGUAAGCUGGAAAGGAGGGGAGGCCAUGGUGGAAGUAAAAACAAUAACUGUAGUUGUGGCGGUAGUGGAAGAAUGUGUGCACAUGGACGGAAAGUGUUGCAUCGAUGCACAACCGAAAACUGCAGUAAAGUGUUCGUGUCAAAGUUCCUCCUUGAUCGGCAUAUGCUCAUUCACAGUGCACCACGAAACCACAAGUGUUUUUUCUGCGAGAAGUCUUUUGGCCGGCGUGAUCACCUGACAUCACACCUGAACACUCACAAGCCGGACAAGCCAACAUGGGUGUGCAAACAGUGCGGCAAGCAAUACAUAUCCCGCUUUAUGCACAAGACACACAUGGCAAUGCAUGCAGCAGAGAAGGGUAAGAUUAACAACUGUCCGAUCUGCAAUAAGAAAUACGACAACAAGGAUGAUCUCUUACUACAUCUGAAGAUCCACGGUGGGAUCGUUUACCCGAAGGGCCUCGACAAAACCCAUAAGUGCAUGGAAUGCAGCAAGGUUUUUACAAAGAGGAAAGACAUGAAACGUCAUCUGGUAGUACAUUCUCGCAAGAAGGAAUAUAAAUGCAUUUACUGUUCGCAGCUUUUUAGUCGUCGGGGUCAUUUGAACCUGCAUUUCCAGCGGUUCCACAGCCACCCGGCAGACUGCGGAGAAAUCUGUAGCAGCAGCAGCAGUAGUGUCAGCACAAAUGCUGUUUCUUUGCCAACUGAGUUGUCAGAGUCCUGUCACCAUGAUGCCAGCCGAGACGAGCCUCACCUUACCAAUGUGUUGAUUCCUGAUGCCAGUAACGACAGCUUGGUUGCUGAGACAACAAACACCAAUCCAGUCAGUGCUAGCAAUGUUGCUAUGGCAGCAACAUUGCCCGACUCAAAUUCAACAAAAUGUGACGAUGAUGAAGAUGAUGAUGAGGAUGAUGACGAUGACGACGACGACGACGAUGAUGUAGUAGGUGAUGACGAAAGUAAGAUGUCACCCCCUCCACAGACUGCCCUCUCUCGGUUGUCCAUUUCUGACAAAGACUUUUCUCCUGAAGAAGCUGAAUCAAUGAAAUUGUACAAGUCCAGUUUCAAUCCCACCCUUUUCUCCAAGAAUCUAUUUGAAAAAGCGAGUUGCAGUGAAGUCCCAGGGUUGUCACCAGACGUCAUUCAGUAUGUCAGCACUGAUUCUAGUCAAUCAACUACUUCCAGAGGAGUUCCUCGUCCAGCAUCAGGCACUGUCCCACCAUCAUCCCCUGUCAGUAGCCAUCAACAUCAACAGGGGUGCAGUACUACCUAUCCCUGCACACCUGAGAAAUCUGGUUUGGCAUCAUCAACUGCAACUGUUUCUCCCCCACUGUUGUCCUUGUCAAACAUUGAAACUACAGAACAGCAUUUGUAUGAUGUACAGAAAAAACAGUUAUACACCCCCGGUACAGUCCCAACAGCCACAUCACUAUCAGAUACCCAGUUGAACAAGGACAGCUUACUGACUCCGUCUUCUGCCUCUGAGUUUGACACCACCACUGCCACUGGAGCAAAGUCACAGCAUGGAGAAGGAGAUAGGCGCUUGGCAGUGUGCCAAAAGUACCUGGAACAAUUGCAGCUGUAUCGUGAAGGACUGGCACCUCAACCCAACCAAGAUAAAACCCCCUCAGCUCCAGACGUCACAUGUGAAUCUUCGUCCUUGAUGUGGCCUGCUGAUGCCACAGACAGCAAGCAAUUGUCCAUUGCCGACCAUACGAACACCAAAUCAUUUUAAACCGAUGAAUCAACACUCGCAUAGCAACAACAACAAUAAUAAUAAUGUUGAUGAUUGAUGAUAAUGACAACAACAAAUUGUUAUAAUAAAAACGACUAAUCAUUACCAAAAAUAACAUUGAUAAUAAUAAUAAUAAUAAUAGUAAUAACUUUAAUAACAAAGUCUUAUAACUUAAUCAUGAGAACCACAAAGGCUUUUGUGGAAAGAACAAAAGCAUAAAUCACUCCCGCAUUUGACCAGCAUUUAUUUUCUUGAUGAUUUUGCUGGUAGUGUGUAUGGGUUAUAUAUAUAUAUAUAUAUAUAUAUAUAUAUAUAUAUAUACAUACACACACGCAUACAUACAUAUAUGUAUAUAUAUAUAUAUGUAGAUGGAACUAAAUACUGUAAGAUAUCUUUAACUUGGUUUGGAUGGGGUUAUGUCAUUUCUCUCACUCCGCUAUUUCUAUCAUUGUAAUAAUCAUUUCUUAUUUUAGUACAGGGCCAGUAAUUUUGAGGGGACAGGGGGGAAGUCGAUUCCAUUGACCCCCUAGUGCUCAGUUGGUAUUUAUUUUAUCGAUCCUGAAAGGGUCGAAGGCUAAGUCAACCUCAGCGGCAGUUUUUGAACUUAGAAUGUUAAAGAACUGGAAGAAAUGGUGCAAAGUGUUUUGUCCAGCACGGUAACGAUUCCGCCAGCUUGACAACUCAUUUUAUUAAUAUAAUAAUAACAAUAAUUAGAGUUAUUAAUAUUUCUAAGUCUCUCUGAAGGAGACUACGGCAGCGGUACUGGAAAUUAAUAGUUAUCGCCAAGCCAACAUGGCAGUCCCAAAAAUAGGACGAAUGCUGCCGUGGAUUAUCUCCAAGAGGCCAUCGCCUCUAGCUAGCUAUGUGACACAUGAACCUUUAUAAAGGACACAGGUUCGUGUGUCACAUAGCUAGCUAGAGGCGAUGGCCUCUUGGAGCUAAUCCACAGCAGCAUUCAUCCUAUUUUUGGGACUGCCAUGUUGGCUUGGCGAUAACUAUUAAUAACAAUAAUUGUAAUUAAGAAAAAGAUAAACCUACCGUGUCAGCAAACUAUUUUGGAAAAGUGAUAUAUGAUUAGGAAAUGUCUAGCUGUUUUAUAGGGACAAAAAUUAUAUGAUAUACAAUAAAGGCAGGCGAGGGAAGGGUCUUACUUGUGUGGCUAGACUUGCUUGAAAUAGCAACCAAAUCUCUGAUAAAUCACGUUGUCUAAAGGACACAUUGCACAAUGCCUUGUCUUGGCUUCUCAGUUCCUUGUUUGAGUUGUAGGGGUGCCGUUGUGAUGUAGUGUAAUUCUUGGGCAUAUUUUUGACCUGGUGCAGCCCAUCACACUUCAGAUGUGAUCUUGGUUGAUUUCUUCCAAAAGAGAGAAAGUCAGACAGACAAAAAAAAAAAAAAUUAAUAAAAGGUAAAUUGACCCUGGCGGGGUUUGAAUUUGAGCUGGAAUGAUUACCACAAGCAAUCUAUCUGACACUCUAAUUGACACUAUCAAUCAGCUGCUCAGAUUACAUAAUGUAGUCCAAGAUAUACCAUGUCUAGAGAAAAAAAGUUUCAGACAAACAAAGGAUGGGGUAGCUAAGGCUGGAACACUAGACCAUGGAUUUGCAGCAACAACAGCAGCAGCAACAGCUUCACAAGUUAACAAGGAACCAAAUCUCAUUUGAAAUCACACAUUAGUCUGAAAAAAAAAAAGACCAAAUAUGGGAUGGUCAUGGUUGGAACACUUUUGACCAAAUGUCUGCUGGACGAAAACUGAUAUGGGCUUAAUCAAAAACUAUAACAGGAGCUAGACAGUAUUGUACAGUCAGGAAUUGACAUUCACCAUAAGCCUGUAUAGACGCACACACACGCACCACCACCACCACCACCACUGUCAUCAUCAUCAAGGUCAUCAUCCUCAUCAUCAUCAUCAUCACCAUCAUUAUUUAAUGUUCGCUUUCCCAUGCUUGCAUGGGUCUGAUGCAAUUUGCUAGGACAGGUUUCCUCUGGCUGGAUGCUCUUCCUGUUACCAACCCUUACCUAUUUCCAAGCAAGGCAAUAUUUCCCCAUUUUUUUUCUCACAGAAAACUGGUAUGAACAACAACUUUAUGAUGGUGAUGCUCGUUUAUAGCCAUGGUGUCAAGACAAGUCUACACACAAGCAUACAAAUACACACACACACAUAUAGGGUGGCCCAGGAGUAACUGAACUCUAAUUAUUGUUAAAGGUUACAAAUAAAUGGAACAGAAAUUUUUAUUACACAAGGCUACAGCAAAUGUUCAAAACAUAAACCAUUAUUUGCAACACAGUUUGGACAUCGUUCAGUAGUUGAAUCAGUUACUUUUUUGCACAAUUCCAGUGCUCUAUUUCAAAUCAUUGAGAGUUUUUGGUUUAGCACUGAAGACCUGAUUUUUGAGUAUUCCCCAGAGAAAGAAGUCUGGAGGACUGAGGUCUGGGGACCUUGCAGGCCAUUCCAUGGGUCCUGUCCAUCUGCCCAGAAAAUGUUCAUCAAGCAAUAUUCAAUAAAUUCAAUAGGGUUUGGUUACUUCUGGGCCACACUGUGUAUUUCAGUUUCUGUCUACCAAAUCCAUUCACAAGAUUUCAUCCCAUCCUGGGCUAUUGUAAAAGACACACACACACAGGGUGUCAUGUAGUGGGACUGAACCUGAGACCACCACAUGGUUGGGAAGCAAACUUAUCACCCACACAUGAAAUAUAUUUAUAUUUUAUUUUCCCUGUAUCUAAGGGACGUGAGCACUUUCACACACACACACACACCACACACACAUGUACACUGACACACACAUGCAUAUAUAUAUACACAUGCAUAUACAUAUACACAUGUAUAUGCACACAUAUAUAUACAUAUUUGAUUGGUAUUUAUAUAUAUAUAUAUAUAUAUAUAUAUAUUACAUACAAAAAUAAGAGGAAUGACCAGCAAAAGUGGACUCCUAUAUGCUAGAAAUAGAUGCCGAAUCAUCUAACCAUGAAGAAUAUGUUCUCAGUAAAAAUUUCAGCGAGACAACAGACUGUAAAAGGGCAAGACGAAUGAAAAAAUACUAAUAGAACAUAUUCUUCGUGGUUAGAUGAUUCGGCAUCUAUUUCUAGCAUAUAGGAGUCCACUUUUGCUGGUCAUUCCUCUUAUUUUUUAAAAUAUGCUAGACCACUGGUUUUAAUUGAUUAAUAUUAUUAUUAAAUUUUAUAUAUAUAUAUAUAUAUAUAUAUAUAACAUGCAUCUAUAUUUGUGUGUGUGUGUGUGUGUGUGUCUCCAUGGUGACAGCUACGUCUACAUGUCUGAGGAAACACCUUCCCAUUAUUUUUACUAUCUCCACUACCUCUUUUUCUCUUCUCACCUCCAUGUCACCACAUGAACAUUUCAUCAAGUUGCACAUGUAACCAUUUCCAUCCUCCAUCUAUCCAUCCGUUCAUCCCUGUAUGAUUUCACCUUUCGCUCCAUGAUCUCACCCACCCCUCGCGACACACUCAUUCACUCAUGCAUGGCAACCCGAUUCUAUGUAACCAGCAAAUGCUCCUGCCACGGCACUGUAUGCAUUUGUUGUUGCUGUUGUUGAUCAGUCUAGACUCAUCAUUUCUAAUGAUAAUAAUAAUAAUGAUAAUGUAAUAGUAAUUACAGAAAAUAGAAUGUUGAUGAUGAUGAUAAAUAAUGAUAAUCAUAAACUAUGAUAAUGAUAAUGUCAAUAAUGACUGGAAAGAUAAUGAUGAUGAUGAUUAUGGUAAUUACAAUGAUGAUGAUGAUAAAGAUAACUGAUAAUGAUGAGGACAAUUAUAAUGAUGAUUAGGACUAAGGUGAUUACAACUAUGCUGAUGACAAAGAUGACAAUUUCAACAAUGAAGGUGGUGGUGAUGACAACUACGACAAUGAUGAAGUCGAUAAGGUCGAUAUUGAUGACUGAUGACAGUGACUAUGAUGAUGAUAAUGAUGAUCAUAACGAUGACAGAUAAUCAUGACAACUCCAAUGGCAGUGAUAACGAUGACGACGUCGAUGGUAAUGUAAACAAAAUUUUAAAUAAACUAAAAGAAAAAAAAAACACAACCCUCUGUUUGCUCACAGAUUUC